AAGAAAUAAAAAAAAAUGGACCCGAUAACUUUAACAGCGGGGUAGGAAGAGAGGAAGAAAAAAAAAAAAAAAAACGUCUGGCAACAGUCGAUAUUAAAAACAUGCAGAGGGAGACAAGCUCGGGGCCUUCCAGAGUCAGGAAAAAGACUUCGGAGAGCUGCAGACAGGAGAUGGGUAUGGCAUUUGUAUUUUCCCCCAGCCCAUUGAUUUGUAUAUGAAAACAUAGCGCUUUUAUUCUCCCCCCUUCUGGGCUCCGCUUCUGAGUGAUCAGCUGAUGAAGAGACUAGCAGCUCGCCGCUAUGCUGGCUUGCUAAUUCUCUCCCCCACAGCUGCAGCCGAUCCUGAUAGCCAGCCUGCAGAUUGCAGUCAGCCUGAGCCUGCGGGAGUGAACGGUUCCCUGGAGGACAUGGAGGAGGACAUCAGUCUGAAGAAGCGCAAAGGUGAUCAUCACGGGGCCAAGGAGCUGCAGGCUGCAGGCCAGGAGACCGGCGAGAAGGUCAAGAGGAAGCGGGGACGCCCGCCGGCCGAGAAGCUGCCCCCAAACCCCCCCGAGCUCACCCGAGUCCUGAACACACUGGUGGACAUGGUCAUCAACUACAAGGACGGGUUGGGGCGGCAGAUCAGUAAAGGCUUCGUCCAGCUGCCCUCGAAGAAGGAGGUACCGGAGUACUACGAGCUGAUCCGGAAGCCUGUGGACUUCAGGAGGAUCAGGGAACGUGUGCGUAAUCACAAGUACAGAAGCGUGGGGGAUUUGGAAAAGGAUAUUUUCCUCCUGUGUCACAACGCUCAGACGUACAACCUGGAGGGAUCUCAGAUCUACGAGGAUUCGAUCGUCAUUAAGUCUGUUUUUGAGAGCGCGAGACAGCGAAUCGUCACCGACGAGGAACAGAAGGAGACGGUUAGCGCCAGUCACAGCGAUAAUGGCGGCGGAGCUGAAGACCAAUUUGUUCCAUCAGCAGUGAAACCAUUACCAGUCCCAAUAAAUAAGAUCACUAAGGAGGAGAGGAGCAGAAAUAUGAUGGCCAAGCGGCUCCACAGUGAUUUAGACUCUGAUGAGGAUCUAGAGGAAAACACCACAAAAGAUGAGGGUUGAACUCGGCAGCCUUCCUUUUUUUUUUUUUUUUCUUUUUUUUUUUUUCCUUUUUUUUUUUUUGUUCUCCUUGUCCAUGUCUAUUCUCCACCACAUCCCUUUUCAUUUUCUUCCCUUUAUUUUCCAUGAAGAAAGGGUCUUUUGAAAAUAAAAGGAGGAAGGUCCAUUCAAAGAGAGGCACUUAUGGAACAAUGCGUAUUUUCCCUCUCGAUGACUCACGCCACUCAAACACAUAGUGCAGUUCCUUUCAUUUCGCUGGUCUUUUACAAUCAAUAUGAUUUAUCUGCUUUAAGUCCCCGUGAUCGCUACCGCAGAUAUUAUGUAAGAGACCAGCUCCACUGACUGUUUUUAAAAAAAUCAAUAUAUUUGAUUGUAUAAAAUGCCUUCAUAUGUCUUUGGAGCAUGAUAUGUAUCUCUCUCUCCUGAAGCCGGCUCCCUCCUCUGUGGGGAGCGGCCGCCGAUGAAAGUCAAUGUGUUCGCAGACACGAAGCACACCGAAAGGACUUUUUCCAAGGAAUUGUGGACAAACGGACUCUUGUAAAUUUGUUUAAAAAUAUCCGAAUGUGCUUUUAGAGAUGACACAUCUUUGAUAUAAAAAAAAAAAGAAAAAAGUCACAUCCCAGUAGAGGUACGAAGAACCGUUCUGAUCGUCUGCCUUUUGUCUGUUUCUGAUACUUGAUGGGUUAAGUUGGGGUCGAACCAAGGGUACUAAAGUUGAACAUUUGUAUCCCUUGUGCUACAGUAUAUUCACUUAUUGUACAGUUUGUGUGA